AUGUCGGCCUCAAGCGCCAGCGGGUUUGAUCGUUUUAUGACGAUCUUCUCCCCAGAAGGGCGGCUGUUUCAAGUUGAGUAUUCACUGAAAGCGGUCAGCGUAGAUGGUCUAAUAUCCGUUGGUGUACGCGGUGAAGAUUGUGCAGUUGUCGCUUCUCAGCUCAAGUUGCCAGACAAAUUAAUCGACAGAGAAUCAGUGACGCGCCUUUUCCGGCUCACAGAGUCAGCGGGAUGCAUAAUGACUGGUAUGUUACCAGAUUGCUAUGCUCAAGUGCAUCGCGCUCGAUACGAGGCGUCCAACUUUAAAUAUAAGCACGGGUACGAAAUGCCUUGCGACGCCAUUGUGCGUAGGAUUGGUGAAAUUAAUCAGGUGUACACUCAAUCAGCCGAGAUGCGGCCGCUUGGGUGUGCAAUGCUGGCCAUCGCAUACGACCAGGAGUAUGGUAAACCCCAGUUGUACAAAGUUGACCCGAGCGGUUUUGUUGCUGGACACAAAGCUGUUGCUGUUGGUGACAAGCAAGUGGCGGCCAUGACUUUUCUAGAAAAAGAGCUCAGAAAGAAAGAAAAUUUCGACCUGGAAGAGGCUAUUGAGGUUGCUGUACGGUGUUUGUCCCACAUACACUCUAUGGAAUUCAAAGCGUCGGAACUCGAAAUUGGCGUUGUAUCGAAAUCGGAUCCCGUGUUCAGGAAACUCACGGUGGAGGAAGUGGAUAAUUUGCUCACAACGAUGGCGGAGAAAGACUGAUGCUACUCUGUUAUCAUUUUAUGGCAAUAAAUCUUUUCCAUUUUCUGAGAAUGGGUUCGCUUUGGC